AUGUUAUUAAGUAGUAGGGUACGGACCGGCGUUCGCGCAAAUUUCGCUCUUAUUACAAACCUCCCUCGAGGACCUCAUCAUUGUCGACCUCUUCAUCUAGCUCCACCUUUUCUCCUAGAGGACUAUACUCCUCGGUACCAGUUUCUAUCGGAGGCCGACGCCGCCAAGAAGCGCGAGCUAGCCCGCGCGCACCUCCGGAACUGUAACCUCUGCCCCCGGCUUUGCGGCGUUAACCGCUACGAGACGACGGGCAUGUGCCUCAUCGGACAUGAUGUCAAGGUCAACGUAAUCGCUCCUCAUUUUGGCGAAGAGCCUUGUAUACAGGGUCACAACGGUAGUGGCUCUGUCUUCUUCUCCGGGUGUAAUCUUCGAUGCACCUUUUGUCAGAAUCAUGAUAUUGCUCAUCAGAGGAAUGGAUUCGACUUGACGCCCGAAGAACUGGCGAAGUGGUAUAUUAAAUUGCAGGAUGUUGGCCACGUUCACAAUAUUAAUCUAGUUACUCCCGAGCAUGUGGUGCCGCAAGUGGCUUUGUCCAUAUUACAUGCACGCGAUUUGGGAUUAAAAGUCCCCAUCGUUUACAAUACGUCAGCAUUCGACUCGCUCGCAUCAUUGGAGCUCAUGGAUGGACUUGUCGAUAUUUAUUUGCCAGACUUUAAGGUAUGGAACAAGGCUACGUCUCAACGCCUGCUGAAAGCCGAAGACUAUGCCUCUACCGCCGCUGAGAGUAUUAAGGCGAUGCAUGCGCAAGUCGGGGACUUAUGUUUCACUGGUGACGGUAUAGCGAAGAAAGGCGUAUUGGUCAGACACUUAGUAAUGCCGGGAAAGGAGGCAGAAAGUGAAGAAAUCAUGAGAUACCUAGCGCAGGACGUUUCGCGAGAUAUCUUCGUCAACAUCAUGGAGCAGUAUAGACCCGAUGCUCACGUUGGGAAACCAAAGAGAAGAAACAAGAAAGAGACGACUGAAGAGGGAAUUCAAGAGGAGGUCAGAUACGCGGAUAUUAAUCGACCCGUUACCAAGGAAGAAAUAUCAAUUGUGAGGAAGACUGCAGAGGCUGUAGGACUGUGGCGUUUUUGCGAUCCUCCUCGACACGACGGUUUUGCUAUAUGA